AUGGCAAUUCGAUAUACAGCAGAGGAGUUGAUACACCUGCGAGAAUCGCCAUUAUCUUUAUUGCGACCUCCAGGUCUACCCCCAGCAGAACAAUGGAUGGGACCAAAACCAUCCGCAGAUGCAACCCGUAACUCGACCAGUGCAACUGAACGAGCCAAAAACCAUGACUCUAACGUACUGCUAGAUCAGACAAGUAGACGUCCGCAGCAUAUAUCACGGGGUAGUGCAAACCCUGAAGAUAUCAUCCUUGGCCCUCCAAAGAUGGCCUUCACGUCCUCAACAUCUAUUCGUAAUGCGAACAAAACCUUUGAUUCCCCUGACCACCCCCCUACCCGAGACGCUGACUCCCGCGACCGAUACAACUUCCGUGGCAUGAAGAGAGACACGGAGAAUGAACUGCGAGAUAUGCGGGGCCACUCACUACGUAAUAGACGGGCGGAUGGCGAUGCGGACAGUGAUGGAUGGAGCACCGUUAAACCUAGGAAGAGUUUCGGGACCGAAGGCGCUGAGCGCUUCAACGGCCGCAUGGGGGUUGACAGGCACAAAGAUGAUGGGAGAUUCAAGGAUCGCGAAGAUCGCGAUACAAAGGAUAGACCUCAUCGCGGAUUUGAUAACUUUACUCGAGACAGGGAUGCUGAUCACGACCAAGAGCGCGAUACCCGUAGAAAUGGAACUGGUCGAGGUCGGAACGAAUCAUGGUUUCGAACAGAUCAUGACGGACCUCCCACACCGAGAGACCGUAAUAGCACGGGAGACAGAUUUGCUGACCGGAACAGAGGAUGGAGAGAAAAGGACCGCGAUGAUAGAGUGGGAGAUCGUGGAGACAAUCGCCAUGACCGAAGCGACCGGAGAUGGGAUAGAGACAGGGAUCGGGACAGAGAUAAUAGGCAAGAACGCGAGCCUGAGUGGAUGGACGAACCAGCGGGUGAGAGAAGUCAAGCUCAUACCCAAGAGGAGUUUCAGAAGUGGAAAGAGCAGAUGCAGGGUAAGGAUAAAGCUGGCAGUGCCAAACCCCUUGUGGAAGAAAAGAUUGAUGCCGGAGGAUCCUUUGGUUUGGAGAAGCUCAAAAUUGACACUCCUCUGGCUAUCGAUACUGGUCCAGAUAAGUUCUUUGGCAUGUGGGCAGCCCAGAAAGAUGAAAACGGUCUGGAUUCAGGUAUUGAUGCAAAGAAAGAGGGAGUGGCCAAGCCUAAGACUGCCGGAAAAGCCUCGAGAUUUACGUCUUUCUUCGCCCCGCAAGAAGACCCUGCUCGAAGACAAACAGAAUCGAACCCUCCAGCGUCAGGAGCUUCUGCUGAGGGAGUUGGAGCUUUGUUUCAAAACACAACACCGGAUUCUCGCGAGAAGGCAGCUUUCGCAGAAUUGCUUCAGAAAUUAAAAGGCCAACCAUUGCCCGGUUCGGGUACCACCUCUCCAGCCAAUGCUCAACAGCAACAAAAGCCCCCUGCUCCAGACAAACCGCAAAGCAAUCCCAUUCUUUCACCAGAUGUUUUCCAGCAAUAUCGCCCUGAUCGCCAGGAAGAAAGUCGGUCGAGCACACGUAAUUCGCAGCCAGCUCUUCAGGAUUUGCUAAAUCAGCGUCAAGGAACUGGAAGCCAGCCAGCUGUGCGACCAGAACAAAUGUUACAUGAACUAGUUGGCCAACGUCAAAACGCUCUUAGCCAGUCGUCAGUGAGGCCAGACCUGCAACAGAGCCACAGCAAUACCGAAUUCCUUAUGAAUCUAAUGCAAAGCGCCAAAGCAGCGCCUGAGCCGCAGCGAACUGAACAACUUUUACUGCGGAUGCCACCCGGCCAGAAACCCAUGGAUCGACAAAUUCAACAGCAGAUUAUGGAGGCUGAAAUUCAGCGCGAAGCAGCAGCACAACGCGAACGUAGUGCCUCCCAGCGGCAAGCUCGUCCUCAAUUACCACCCGGCUUCUUCGAAGACCCAUCUACCUUCCAACGCGGUCCGCCGCCCCAGCAUGAACGCCAGCCUCAACCUACCCAAAUCUUACAACGCGCUCCGCCUCCGGGUCUAGAUCAAAUGCCACCAGGAUGGGCUCAGCAGUCCGGCCUUCAAGGACCACCCCAGCAGCCAAUGCGCCACCACAUCGCACCCCCGCCUGGUCUAGGAGGCGCCGGCCCUGAAAUGCGCAAUCGUUUGCCGCCGCCGAUGCAACAACAGAUGUUCCCCCCUGGAUUCUUACCUCCAGGUAUCAGUGGCUUUCAAGGAGCGGAUGUUAUGGGUCCUCCAAGAAUGCAACCUCCGCCAGGCUUCUACGCUCCGCCGCCUGGGUUCCUGCCUCCGGGUAUGAAUGGGGGCUUCCAAGGCCCGGAAGGGAUGGCAUUUGGAGGAGUGGGACCCUUCGAUGGAAGGGGACCGCCACCGCCACAGGGUGCUUUCAGAAGGCAGUAG